GUUCAAUUGGCUGCUUAAAUCCGAAACGAAGGGAGAACGUGGCCCUCGCCAGUCGCCACUUUCGUCUUCCACCACCGAACUCUCAUUUUCACUCCGUUAAACGGACGAGGAAAGGUGAGGCCCGCUCAGCAAUCGUCAAUCCUUUCCCUUUCUCCCCAAAAGGAGAAUCUCACAGUGUUAAAAAAAGUCUGUACCCUUUUCCUUCCAUCCGCUGCGCGCAAAACCCAUUUAGUACUGAAAUUCACGAGAGCCUCUAGUUUGUUUCCGCCUCUCUCUCUCUCUGUUCUCUCUUUGUGUUGCUCUGUUCUCCCAAAGCUUUACACACACUAAAAAAAAUGGCGACGACCCACUUCAUCAUCCCGACCAGGGUCCUUCUCCAGGCCGUCGGGGACAUCAAAUCGUACGACAACUGGCUCGCCUGCCUGAAAACCUACCUCCUCUCUCAAGAUCUCUGGGAUUUAAUCGAUUCCCCUGAAAACACUUCCCCUGCCUCCGCCUCCGCCGCCGCCGCCGAGGACGCUGCUGCUGCUGCUGCUGUAGUUCCUCCGGCGUGGCGGAGGAAGAAUGCGGCGGCUCUGCACGCGAUUCAGGUUUCGCUGGGCUGCGACUUGCUCCACGAGAUACGGGAAAUCGAUUCGGCGAAGGAGGCUUGGGAUGCUCUGGCGGAUAUGCAUCGGAAGAAGCUCAAGAACGAGCCGCGAGAUGGAGCAGAGCAGCAGCAGCAAGCCGACGCUGCAGUAAUACACAUCAAUAGACUCCUAGACCCUUCCCCGCCACCGUCACCGUCCGACAGCUUCGCGAUGACGAUGAGCCCUUCCUCCUCCUCCUUCGACGCCGGCGACAUCAACAACAACAACAACGACGUCAUCACCAACAUAGCCACAUGCGACCUCCACAAGCUCACCAGCACAAAAAGCAAGGAAUCCUUCGGCCACCGCUCCUCCGCCGACGACGCGGCCGCCGGAGAGAAAUGGAUGAAGGAAACCGCCACCUCCUCCACCGUCGUCGGCUCCCUAAUCAUCACCAUCAUGUUCACCGCCGCCUGCACCGUCCCCGGCGGCAACAACCAGGAAAAGGGCACCCCGAUCCUCCUCCACGACCGUUCCUUCAAGAUCUUCAUCGCCUCCGACGCGCUCUCGCUCUUCGCCGCCUCGACCUCCGUGCUGAUGUUCCUCGGGAUCCUCACCUCGCGGUACGCCGAGGCCGACUUCCGCCGCUCCCUGCCGACGAAGCUCGUGAUCGGGCUGUCGACGCUGUUCGUGUCGAUCGCCGCCAUGAUGGUGACGUUCUGCGCCACCGUGAUGAUCGUCAUGGACCACCGGCCGCUGUUCGUGGUCCCGAUUGUGAUGAUGGCCGCCGUGCCGGUGACGCUGUUUUUGCUGCUGCAGUUUCCGCUGCUGGUUCAGAUCUUCAGGUCGAACCGGUCCGGGCCGCAUUCCAACCCGUUCGACCGGAAGAUGAAGCCCUGGCUUUUGAGUCUUUGACCCGUGGAAACUGGGUCGGGUUUCGAGCGGGUUUGUCCUUUUAUUGAUUGUUGAUUUGUUUGAAUAUACUCUUGUAAAUAUGAUACUGGGCGCGAAAGGUGUGCGUAACAUCGGUGCUACCAGACAUUAACAUUAUAACUUUAAUGUCAUGGUUUUCAUUUCUGUGAGGAAAAUUUUACUUUGUAUCUGUCUGGCAAAUCAAGGUAAAUCCGUGUUUGAUUAUCUGUCUGACGGAUCAACGAUCAAGUGGAGAUCUACCAUCCCCACUAAAAAGCAAAGCUUUGGUAUGGUUCGAUCGGAGUACAAUCUGUUUAUAUAUCUAUUUUUGUUGAUUUUAACAAAACAAAAGAGGAAAUGAGAAACAACUAGCAUAAAAUGAAUUGUGC